AUGCGUCUCAUCACGGCCUUCUCGACUGGCGUGUGCGUCCUCGGCGUCGUCGUCGUCGAGGCUCUCCCCCGCCGCGCUCACACUUUUGUCAAGAGGCAAGUCACCGAGCUCCGGGAGGAGUACGACUUCGUCGUCGUCGGCGGUGGUACCUCUGGUCUGACCAUCGCCGACCGUGUUUCGGCUGCCUUCCCCGAGAAGAACGUCCUAGUCAUCGAGUACGGCAAGAUCGAGGGGACCGUUGGGUACUACGAUCCGCCCGAGGAUGGCCGUGGAGCCAGCCGUCUGGUCAUCAGCUCCCCUCCCGUUGCCAGCGUCAACAACCGCGCCGCUACCGUUCUCCUUGGCAUGACUGUGGGCGGAGGGUCCGCCAUCAACGGUCAGUUCCUGGACCGUGGCUCCAGAUACGACUACGACGAGUGGGCGCGACUCGGUAGCCCCCAGUUCGACGACAGCUCUGAUAGUUGGGACUGGGAGAACUUUGGCCCAGCGUUCAAGAAGGUAAAUAGCCCGCCCCUGUCCUUUUCCAAUGUUGAACCCCUUUCCUCUGCUAACAAUGAAAUACAUCAGUCCUUCUUCCUCACCGAGCCCAGCGACGAGCUUGCCGAAAAGUACGGCUACACUUGGAAUGCCUCCGCGUACACCGGCGACGCGAUCGAGGCCUCUUUCCCGCCCUUUCAGUGGCCCGCCCAGCGGCUCGGUUGGCGGGGUUUCGAGGAGUUCGGUCUCGAUACCCCCGCCAGCUGCGACGACGGGGACAAGCACGGCAUCUGCUGGGUUCCCACAGCGCAGAACUCCGAGACCGUCGAGCGGUCUCACGCCGGUGUUGGUCACUACACCAGGAUCGCCGAGACCCGUCCCAACCUCGAUCUCCUCGUCGAGCACAAGGUCACACGCCUUGUAGUCGACAAGGACGAGAAAAGAGUUCCCGCCGUCGAGUUUCGCCCCGUGGCCCCGGGCGGUGAGGUCCGCACCAUCCGCCCCAAGCACGAGGUCAUCCUGUCGGCCGGCGCCGUCCAUACCCCCCAGAUUCUCCAGCGCAGCGGUAUCGCCUCUGCCGCAUACCUCGAGUCAGAGGGCAUCGAGCUCGUCGAGGACCUCCCUGGUGUCGGCCAGAACUUCCAAGACCACUGCGGAGUCCCCGUGGCCUACUCUUACGACACUCCCAGCCCCAGCGAGGCCGACGUCGCCAACAACGCGACCUACGCCGCCGAGGCCGUCGCCCAGUUCCGCGAGCGCCCCGCCCGGGGCCCUUACACUCUCGCCAUGGGCAACAGCGCCGCCUACGUCGCCCUCCAACACGUCACGCCCGAGUGGCAGCAGAUCGUCGCGGACAUCCGCGCCCAGAUCGGGGACCGCUCCGUCCUCCGCUAUCUUCCCGCCGGCGCCGCCGAGCCCGUCCGCGAGGGCUACAUGGCGCAGCUCGAGAUCAUCGCCCAGGCGCUGGAGCACCCCGAGCAUCCCAUCCUCGAGAUGCCCUUCCAGGCGGAGCCCGGGACGGGAUUCCUCCUCAAGCCCCUCAGCCGCGGCUCCGUCGUCCUGAACUCCACCGACCACGACGCCACGCCCGUCGUCAACUACGCCACCGGCGCGAACCCCGUUGACCUCGAAAUCAUGGCCGCCUACGUCGACUACUUCCGCCGUCUCUACUCCACCGACACGUGGCAGGGGCUUGGCGCCGUCGAGGUCGCCCCCGGUGCCCAUGUCACCGACCACGACGCCCUCAUCGAGUACGUCAAGGACAACGUCAUCCAGUCGCUCAUGCAUCCGUGCUGCACGGCUGCCAUGCUCCCCCGCGAGAAGGGCGGCGUCGUCGACUCGAGCCUGUCCGUCUACGGCAUCCCGGGCCUCCGCGUUGCCGACUGCUCCAUUAUCCCCACCAUCCCUGCUGCGCACACCACCACGACGGCGUACGCCAUUGGCGAGAAGGUGAACCGUUCUCGGCUGCAUCCCGUUUCUGUUGUUGAGGGGAUUCAUGAUUGCUAA